UUGCGCAUGCGUAGAAUAUGUAGUGAUGGAGAGCUGACCAGGGGGCGCGGCAGCGGAGGCGGAGAGGGCACGGAGGACUAAUUGGCUGCUGUCUGCGUCCAAGGAGGUUUAAGGGUUUGGAGAAACAGCUGAGAGGGACCCGCAGCAGGGCCAGGGCGAUCGAGGGCAACAACUAUGGAGGACCAGAGGGAGGCGCUAAGAAAAAUCGUCACUACCCUGGCCAUGAAGAAUGAGGAGACACAGACCUUCAUCUACUCCCUGAAGCAGAUGCUGUUGAAUGUAGAGGCAAACUCAGCCAAAGUCCAGGAGGAUCUGGAAGCAGAGUUCCAGUCCCUCACGUCGGUUCUGGAGGAGCUGAGAGAAUCCAUGCUGAUGAAGAUCAAACAGGAGAGGGCCAGCCGCACAUAUGAGCUGCAGAAUCAGCUAACUGCCUGUACACGGGCCCUGGAGAGCUCUGAGGAGCUCCUGGAAACAGCCAACCAAACCCUGCAGGCUGCAGACAGAGAGGACUUCCCUCAGGCCGCCAAGCAAAUCAAAGAUGGCGUGACCAUGGCCCCCGCCUUCCGACUAUCACUCAAAGCCAAGGUCAGUGACAAUAUGAGUCACCUCAUGGUGGACUUCACACAGGAAAGGCAGAUGCUACAGGCCCUCAAGUUCCUGCCUGUGCCCAGCGCCCCCAUCAUCAACUUGGCUGAGUCCCUCGUGGCGGAUAACUGUGUGACCCUGGUAUGGCACAUGCCAGAGGAGGACAGCAAGAUUGACCACUAUGUGCUGGAGUACCGCAGGACCAAUUUCGAGGGCCCACCCCGCCUCAAGGAGGACCACCCUUGGAUGGUCGUCGAGGGCAUCCGGCACACGGAGUACACCUUGACAGGUCUGAAAUUUGACAUGAAAUACAUGAAUGUUCGUGUGAAAGCCUGUAACAAGGCGGUGGCUGGUGAAUUCUCUGAGCCAGUGACCUUAGAGACACCAGCAUUCAUGUUCCGCCUGGACGGGUCCACAUCUCACCAGAACCUGCGAGUGGAAGGCCUCUCUGUUGAGUGGGACGCCAUGGGCGGGAAGGUCCAAGAUAUCAAAGCUCGAGAGAAAGAGGGCAAGGGGCGGACAGCGUCACCAGUAAACUCUCCAGCCAGAGGGACACCAUCUCCCAAGAGGACAGCCUCAGGUCGUGGGGGCCGGGACCGGUUCACAGCUGAGUCUUACACCGUGCUGGGGGACACACCGAUCGACAGUGGGGAGCACUACUGGGAGGUACGCUUUGAACCAGACAGCAAGGCCUUUGGCCUGGGUGUGGCCUACCGAAGCCUGGGCCGUUUCGAACAGCUGGGCAAGACGGCAGCGUCCUGGUGCCUGCAUGCCAACAACUGGCUGCAGGCCAGCUUUACUGCCAAGCAUGCCAACAAGGUCAAAGUGCUGGACAGCCCCGUGCCUGACUGCCUGGGUGUGCACUGUGACUUCUACCAAGGUGCUAUAUCACUUUUCCCUCUCAGGUCCUACUGCGCUGACCCCUUCCCUGGUCCUCACUCACCUCCUGACACCUGUCUCCCUGCUCCCCUCACCCCAGGCCUCCUGUCUUUCUACAAUGCCCGCACUAAACAGCUCCUGCACACCUUCAAGACCAAGUUCACACAGCCUCUGCUUCCAGCCUUCACUGUGUGGUGUGGAAGCUUCCAGGUUACGACAGGCCUGCAGGUGCCCAGUGCCGUGCGCUGCCUGCAGAAGCGAGGCAGUGCCACUAGCAGUUCCAACACCAGCCUCACCUAGGCUAGGCCACUUGCCAGCUGGGGCACUUCAGCUUCUCCUCUCUGCUGCUUGGAGCCUUAACUCUGGAAGGGGGUGGUCAGGGUUCCAUCCCUACCUCACUUCAUAAUAAAGAUAACACACUGGCCUC